AUGCAAAAAUAUCAACUGUAUAAAACAAUGGAAGAUGUCAAAGAAAAUCACUUCGACAUGUUUCUUCGACCAUCUACCUUACUUCUAACUUUAUUCUUGGCAUUGGUUGCUGGAUCAGCGAUCCGAAAAGAUGUGGACGAGUUUGAUUCAAAUAAAGGAAAAGAUGGUAUUGUAGAUGGAGACAUUAUGCUUACUGAAGCUCAGCUUCGAAUUCUCAAUGGAACCGCAAAACGUUCAAAAAGGCAGAUCACAAAGAUUUGGAAAAAAUGGCCAGAUGCAAAAGUAUUUUAUUACUACGAAAAUGAAUUCACAAGUCUUAAACGAGAAUUGAUGUCAUAUGCGAUGGCCCAUAUCAGUUCGAACACUUGUGUCAAAUUCCAAGAAAGUAAUUCAGCAACGAACAGAAUUCGUUUUACAAAUACAGGAGGAUGUGCUUCCUAUAUUGGAAUGAAUGGAGGAGAACAAACCUUGUGGUUCGGAGAUGGAUGUCUUAUCUUUGGUACUGCUGUUCACGAAAUCAUGCACUCUCUUGGACUGUUCCACACGCACUCUCGUUUUGAUCGUGAUAACUUCCUGUCGGUCAGCUACAAAGAUGUUCCUGAAAAUAUGGUUGGAAACUUGGAAAAAGAAACUGAACAAACGACGUACAAUGCUGUACCUUUCGAAUAUGGAAGCACUAUGUUGUACAGAUACAACACCUUCGGAGAGGGAACCCUUGUUUCAAAGAACGAAGAUUAUCAGAAAACAAUGGGAUUGCGUCGAGUGUCAUUCUACGAUUUGGUCAAUAUAAACGUUCGAUAUUCUUGCGGUUGUGCUAAGAGUUUGACAUGUGAGAAUGGUGGAUAUACAAAUCCAUCCAAUUGUGCUACUUGUGUCUGCCCGACUGGAUUUGCUGGAACUCUUUGCAACGAAGCACCAAGUAAUACUAUCAAGCUCACCGCAGAAUCUUAUUGGAAAGGAUAUUGGGUUAAUUUUGGGUACAGUACCUCAAUUCAAACUACCAACUAUUACUUGGCUUACUUGUGGAUCACUGCGCCAGCUGACAAAACGAUUGAGGUUAAGAUAAUGGAUCUCUCAGGUUUCACAUGCUCUUACGGAUGCAAUUACAAUGGAGUGGAGGUUAAAUAUAUGGGUGAUCCGAGAAUUACCAAUCCACUACGAUGCUGUGCCCAAGACACUGAAUAUCUGAACCAAGUCAUUUCCAGCAAACAAAAUCCAACACCAAUUGUUAUGCAACAGAGAUACGGAAGCAGCAAGUUGACAAUUCAUUACAGAUACGUUGAUACUCCAUUGAGCAGCAAUAAGAAGUCAACUAAUGGAUAUGAUAAUUAUCAGUAUUACGUCUAAAUCACCGUCUUAAUAAAUCGUAUUUACUAUGUCGA